AUGAGCGAGAGUCUGGAACUGUAUGCUGCGAUCAACACAUACGGAUGCCAAACAAGCAACUUCGUGCCACCAGGAGGGUCAAUGAACUUUUACACAGAUCAACUGGUACCUGGGAUGGUCGCUGAAAAGCUUAUCAACAUAACGUUAACUAUCUGGAAGAAUGAGGCUGCUGUGACUGAUGGCCAGGUGACAUACACCAGCGAAAGGAUGAAAGAGUUUGCAAACAUGCUCUAUUACAAGUCAACUAAGGUGGGAUGCUCUUAUCGUGCGUGUACAACAACGUUUGCCGUGGCCUGUGUCUUUAAUUCUGCGCCGGAGAUAGGCAAGCCGAUUUACAUGGGGUCCAGUUUCGGAAGUGAAAGGAUGCAGUGCCGAUAG